CCUCAGUCAAGAAUAACUUCAUUGUCAGCCACUCCACCCUCUCCUUUAAUACCAACUGGGCAGCCUGUUACAAAAGUAAAGAAAGGUGUUAAAAGGAAGGCAGACACUACUACACCCACUACUUCAAUUUUCACUACAAAUAGUGGGUUCUCGCCAAGACCCUCAGAACGAAAGACUACAAAAAUCUGUUCCGGGAGGGAAAACAAUCAAUCAAACAAGCCACCCACAAAGGAUCUACCAGAUUCUCAACAGCAUCCAGCUAUUAAAAAAGAAAAGUACACAGUACAUUUGCAAUACUGCAAUAAUAUUCUCAAAGAAAUGUUUGCAAAGAAGCAUGCAGCAUAUGCUUGGCCUUUCUAUGAGCCAGUGAAUGCUGAAGCAUUGGGCCUUCAUGAUUAUCAUAAUAUUAUUAAACACCCCAUGGACCUUAGUGCUGUGAAAAAAAAAAUGAGCAACCAAGAAUACAGAAAUAGCCAGGAGUUUGCCGCAGAUGUGAGGUUAAUGUUUUUGAACUGCUACAAGUAUAAUCCACCAGACCACGAAGUAGUAGCCAUGGGUAGGAAACUUCAGGAUGUUUUUGAGAUGCAUUUUGCAAAAAUAUCUGAACCUAUUAAAGCUGCACAGUUAGCACAAUCUACCACUCAAUUCACUGAAUCAUCAAGUGAAGAUAGUGAUGACACUUUCUCUGCUGAAAGUAGCUCCGACAGCUUAAGAAAAGAGCAGAAGGAUCGUCUUGCUCAGCUUCAGGAUCAAUUGAAAGCAGUACAUGAUCAGCUUAAAGCCUUAGCCCAAGCUCCACUGUCUAAGCUGAAGAAAAAAAACAAAGUCAAAAAGGAAAAGAAGAGGAAAGAUAAGACGAAAUUUAAGAAAAAUUGUGAAAGGAAGAAAAUCAAAUCCAAGCAAUUGCAGAAAAAGAAAUCCAAGAAAGCCUCUGUGGCAAGAAGGGGAUCAAAGAAAAGCGAGCAGCAAGCACCCGUGUGUGAUUCAGAAGAUGGUGCUAAGCCAAUGUCUUAUGAUGAAAAGAGACAAUUGAGUCUUGACAUAAACAAGCUUCCUGGUGACAAAUUGGGACGUGUCGUCCACAUAAUACAGGCAAGAGAGCCCUCCUUAAGAGACUGUAAUCCAGAUGAAAUAGAAAUUGACUUUGAAACUUUAAAACCCUCUACACUAAGAGACCUGGAAAGACAUGUUAUGACUUGUCUAAGAAAAAACCAAAGAAAACCUUUUUCUAAAAAAUCUUCAGGAAAAUCUAAGGAAGAAAUUCAGCUGGAGAAAAGGCAAGAGCUGGAAAAAAGAUUACAGGAUGUGAGUGGACAUCUGAACUCUGGAAAGAAACAAAGCAAAAACUCUCAGAAGAAUAAUCCAGCUCAAGAGAUGGGCCGAUGUUCCCGAUUAAGCGAAAGCAGCAGCAGUUCCUCAGACCCUGGAAGUGACAGCAGCAGUAGUGACUCUAGUUCUUCAGAUAGCAGUGACACUGAAUCAGAAAGAACACCAAAGCAGAAAUGGAGCAAAAGUAACAAUGUUCUUUCUAGUGGGGAAAGAAAGCACAGCCACCUAAAUUACAAGAUGAAAUGUUCUUUGCAUCAGCCAGCAUGGAAUGCCGUUCCUCAAGUGCAGUCAUUGACUGGUAGUAAAGCACCACAGUCACGACAGAUGCAUAAUCAACCUAUUUGUUUCAGUAAUCACCAAAGAAAGAUACAGAAUUCUGAGCCACGACUGUUUGUGCCAGCACGGGUUAUUAUUUCACCUCCAGGACUUCCUGCAGUUGUGUCACCAUUGCAUUCACCACCUUUGUCAAAACAUACAUUCCUGUCAGCGAAUCUUUCUCUUCAAUCCAUCCAUGUUAAAGAACCAAAGUCAGCUCACAAUGUGGAAGAGGAAUGUAAUCAUUUUCCAACUAAACAAACCAAGCCACCUCUUGAAACAUGCAAUGACCCAGUGCCUGUCAUGCUACCACAAAAUGUGGAAGCUGCCCAUCCUGGUGAAAUGAAAGCAAGUGGUGACAGUAAACUAACCCUGGAGGCCAAAUCCUCACUUAUUCCAAAGAAGGAAAUUGAGGUCAAGAAUGCAAAUUCUUGGGCAAGUUUGGGCAAAAUGAUGACCACAGCUCCAUCAAUAAUAAAAUCUUCCAGUGAGAGCUUCAAGUUGUUCAGAAAAGCAGCAAUCGAAAAAGAACAACGGGAAAAAGCUUUAAAAGCUCAGGAAGAAAUGAAAAGGUGCCAUCUUGAGCAAACUGAAAGUGAACAAAAGAAAAUGGCUUCAGAGCAGCAGAGAUGGCGACUACCAUUGAUAUGAAUUUACAGAGUGAUAUUAUGGCAACAUUUGAAGAAAAUCUUUAUUAGAAAUCUUGGAAAUAAUUUGGACUCAGAUCAUGCA